UGAGUACUUUCCACAACCCGGUUUCCUAUCUCGAACUACAUUAUCGAAGCAACGCCAGUUAAUUUGGCAUCGUUCCUACGAAAAAAGAGAGGUUAAAGAUUAGCGUUUAGUAGUCCUUAGAUUAAAUCUGUAAAUACAUUUUAUAUUUAUCAGCCUAGCGUAUGUAAUGGCUACUCCUACUAACGGUAACGGGAACAUAGUGGACGAGUUCGAAGAAGCGUUUCAGCAUUGCCUGAAUAUCCUAACUAAGGAUGAGAGCUUGAGCAGUAACGGCAUCGGAACGUGUGGAGGAUUAGCCGUGGACAAAGACGAAGCCCGGGCCGAAGUGGAACAAGUUACCCUGAGGUUCAUAGACUUGGCGCGUCAGAUGGAAGCGUUCUUUCUCCAAAAGCGAUUUCUACUAUCGGCAUUGAAACCUGAGUUGGUCGUCAAAGAGGACAUAAAUGAUUUGAAACUGGAAUUGGUACGCAAGGAAGAUCUCAUAAAAAGGCAUUACGACAAGAUAGCAGUGUGGCAGAACCUGCUGGCCGAUUUACAAGGCUGGGCGAAGUCCCCCGCACAAGGUCCUGCUCCGAACGGUCUCCCGAACGGUCAAGGGGGACAGGGCCAGCAGGGAGGGAACGGCAGCGGAUCGGCCUUGCAGCAGCAACAGCAGCAGCAACUCUUGCAGCACCAGCAACAGCUGCAACAGCAGCAGCAGCAGUUGCAACAGAUACAGCAACAUCAAAUGCAACAGCAGCAGCUACACCAACAACAGGUCCAGCAGGGCGGCGGAGCACCCUCGCCGGCGGGUAUGCAGGGUGUCGGCGUCGGCGUCUCGGUGGGCCAGCAGGGGAUGUUCAUGAGCCAGGGCGGCGUCGGGGGGUCCCGAGCGGCCGGCUUCCCGGUGGGCGGCGUCGGCGUCGGCGUGGGGGGCGUCGUGGGCGUCGGCGUCGGGAGCGGGGCGCUCCAGGGCCCCCUGGCCUACCUGGAGAAGACGACGAGCAACAUAGGGAUGCCGGAGAGGCGGAGUUGACGCGGAAGGGGGAGGGGGCGGGGACGAGGUCGCGGGAGAGGUCGAGGUCGAGGUCGAGGCGGCGGGGGCAGCUUGCCGCCCCCACCGCCCCUCCACGACCCCUCGGACCCCUCGUCCUACGCGGCCGCCGUCGCGGCGCCCCUUCCCUCCCAGCAGCAGCAACCUCCCCCGUCCUGCACCUGAGACACCUGGCGGUACUCUUGCUCAUCUCUUGCUCAUCUCUUUUUUUACCUCCCUCCUCCCGUCCCUUCUUUCUCCCCUUCUCGACGCUCCGCCGUACGGAUAUCGUCUGUAUCCAUCCAGGGUACCCUGGCGGAGAUGAAGGCCUCCCUGCAGAUACGGCAUCGCCUGUGCAGGAUGGGAGGGCAUUGAUGUCUCCCAG